GCUGCAGGGCGUCCCCUCUCUGACUUUGGUUACAGGUCACCGGGGCGGCCAGGCACUACGCUUGCUCAUCGAUCCCGGCCUGGCUCAGGCCAGGCUCUGGUUUCUGAAGCGCAGGUUUGUGUUUGAUAAGUGAAAACUAGAACUUUUUACAAAAAGACCCUGGUAUCUUUGUUACUAAGAGCAGAAAUGCCAGAUGUGGGUGACUGCCCGAAGGGAAGGGAGGGGACCUGGCCUGUGCACUGAAAGGACCAGCUUCACAGGAAGUGGCCAGGCGAGCGCUGCUCAACCCUGUUUUCUUAAUUAAAUGGCAAAAGGUCUUUAUCAGCGAGGCCAGCUUCUCUCUCACUCACCCAUGGCCCAUGAUGCCCAGCUUGUGGCAGAGCAGAGAUGCAAAACUAAUGACUUUAUUCUUUCUUCCCCUGCAGACGGGCUGGGGUAGAUCCUGGCCACCACAGUGCCCUGUCCUUCCUUGUUCAGGUUCCCCCCUCAGGGCCACGUGUCACGUGCCUGUUCUCCCCCUAACCCACCUCCCUCCUUACUGCCUCUCGGCCUCCGACCUCGCCCCGGCCUCUGCACGCCGGCAGAUGGGCUGUGGCAGCUCAUCGACAACUGUCUCUGGAUACAGAGCAGAAGACGCGUUCUCUCCUGAGGGAAUAGAGCUGUGUCCCCCUGGAAAACGGUUCAUGAUCACGAUGGUGGCAAGCUUCGUGGCCAUGGCGGGGCAGUUCCUCAUGCCGGGGCUGGCCGCCCUGUGCCGGGACUGGCAGGUCCUGCAGGCCCUCAUCGUCUGCCCCUUCCUGCUCAUGCUGCUCUACUGGUCGAUUUUCCCCGAGUCCCUCCGCUGGCUCAUGGCCACGCAGCAGUUUGAAUCUGCAAAGAAGCUGAUCCUGCACUUCACGCAGAAGAACCGCAUGAACCCCGAGAGUGACAUCAAAGGCGUGAUGCCAGAGCUGGAGAAGGAGCUUUCCCGGAGGCCCAAGAAGGUCUGCAUCGUGAAGGUGGUGGGGACUCGGAACCUGUGGAAAAACAUCGUGGUCCUGUGUGUGAACUCAACAGAAGGAGCUCUGUUUGGUCAAAGGGCAACCCUGAUGCCCUGGGCCCUCCUCCAUGUCUCCCCACAUCCCUCCAGCUCUCUGGCCCCUGGUGGCUUCAGCCGUGCUGCCCAUUGGGCCUGGCCGGCUGGCAGUGGGGCCACUCCAAACCUGGACGGGGUUCCAGUCCCAUGGCAACACAUGGUCAUAACUUACGUCCUGACGUGCGUUCUCUCUCCUCUCCUCCCCGCCUGUGUCCCCAUCCGCCAUCAUUUCUGCGGCCCAGUGAUUGGAAAGUACAGCCAGCACCCAGACUCAGGCAUGAGUGACAGUGUCAAGGACAAGUUCUCCAUCACUUUCUCCAUCGUGGGCAUGUUCGCCUCCCACGCGGUGGGAAGCCUCAGCGUGUUCUUUUGUGCAGAGAUCACCCCCACGGUAAUAAGGUGCGGCGGGCUGGGGCUGGUGCUGGCCAGCGCGGGCUUCGGCAUGUUGACGGCGCCCAUCAUCGAGCUGCACAACCAGAAGGGCUACUUCCUGCACCACAUCAUCUUUGCCUGCUGCACGCUCAUCUGCAUCAUCUGCCUGCUGCUGCUGCCCGAGAGCCGGGACCAGAACCUGCCCGAGAGCAUCGCUGACGGCGAGCACUACACGCGCCAGCCGCUCCUGCCGCCCCGGCGUGGGGAGCAGCCGCUCCUGCUCACCAACGCCGAGCUCAAGGACUACUCAGGGCUGCACGACGCGGCCACCGCAGGCGACGGGCUGCCAGAUGGCGCCACAGCCAACGGCGGGCGGCCCAUGUAGCCGGGCGGGCAGGCCCGGAGACCUGGCUCUGCUGCCGCUGGCGCUGGGACCCUCGCAGGCCUCGGAGGAGCGUGUGUUUGAGGAAGCUGACUUUGCAGACGACCCUUCAAGGACUUUCUUUUCUGCCAUUAAACGUUUGUAUUUAUUUUGGUCA